AUGUUUUUCACUCAAUAUUGGAUAAACAAACCUGACAUAGUGAUGGGCCUUGGUUGGUCCAGCUUCCUCGCCAUUGCAGCUGUCCUAGUAGUUCUAUGCCGCGUAAUAUACGCGCUGUUUGUCUCCCCACUCCGACACAUCCCUGGCCCCUUCCUCGCACGUCUCACCAGCAAGCGCGCCGGGCUCAUCGGCUCGCUCGGCCUUAUGACCAAGUACUCGCGAACACGAGACAAGGCAAAUACGGCAACAUCUACGUCCGACAUCCGCGCUGUCUACGGCUCGCACAAGUUCCGCAAAACCGACUUUUACCGCGGCGUCGACAUGCUCGGCAUCGAGCACAUGUUCAGCACACGCAACCCGGACCUGGCGGACACGCGCCGAAGGCAGUUUGGGCCGUAUUUGAAUACCGGGUAUCUGGCCAGGGUUGAGCCGAUUCUGGCUGCGCAUGGGCCUGAGUCGCUGAAGCUAAAGUGGGAUAAGCUAUAUGGAGAACGGCAGGGUGGAGAUAAACUACAACAAGGAUUUCCUGUUCGCCACAUUCGAUACGCUGACUUUCCUCUUCUCAACACCUACCCGUUCUCGAUGCUGAUGCGCCCGUGGGAGCGCGGAUACGACGGGGUGACCAAGUACGCUAUUGAGUCCGCGUUUAUUGACGCCGAAGAUCCACAAUCCAAGACCCGCAUGACCGAGCGGCAGGUGCAAGCAGAGUGUCUGAACAUGCUUUUGGCAGGCAGCGAAGCGGCAGCAAACACUCUGGCGUGGACAGUACAUCUGCUGAUGCUCCACCCAGAGCACUACCGGCGCGCGGUGGGCGAGCCUGCCUGUUCGAAGUCCAUGCGGUUGCACCCGGUGUCUGGCGGGCUGUGGCCGCGCCGGGCACCCAAGGAGGGCGUUAGGCUACAGGGAUAUUUUGUGCCGGGCGGCACGGAAAUCUUCAUUAACGUUACCGGCGCGCAUCAUAACCCGGGCGUGUGGGAGAAUCCGCUGAAGUACGACCCCAGCAGGUUUCUGGAUAACGAGGAGGCUAGACGCAACGUGUUUACGUUUGGCGCCGGCGUGCGGGCGUGUCCGGGAAGGCACUUGGCGGUUCUGGAGAUGAUGUCAAUUUUGGCAAACAUGCUCAAGGACUAUGAUCUGGCAGUGCCCGAGGACUAUGUGCGGCGCGGUCCCCGUGUACUUGACGAGAACGGCAACCCGAAACUAAUGGAGGAUGUGCAGUUUCUGGUGUCGAUUCCAGUGGACCCGAAGCGCGACUGUCGGCUGGUUCUCACCAAGUGCACGGCGUAG